UACUACCGAUACAUUCAAUCGCGAGAAUGAUGAAUGUAAAAAAUUGUUUAUUUGUUUUUUGAACUUAUAACAAUAUUGUUGUUUAAUUAUUUUAGAAAUGGCAUCGUUUCUUUUUAAAAUAUUUGCAAAAAAUCGAAGUUUAUCUUGGCAUCAUGUUUGUGCAUUUGUUUUAACUUACUUUUCAUAUGCAAUUUUUCAAGGAAAUCGAAGAGCGUUUGAUGAUUGUAAAAAUACAUUGAACAAGUCAUUUGUUUUUCAAAACUUCAUUGAAUCGUCUCAAGAUCCAAUAUACUUGUUUGUAUAUCUUGAUAUUUGUUUUGCAUUUGCCUACGCAGUUGGAUUAUUUAUUAGUGGCAUUAUGGGAGAUAGACUAAAUUUGCGUUAUAUGUUAACUUUUGGUAUGUGUGGUUCCGCUAUUACUACUUUAAUUAUUGGGUAUUUAAGAAUAAAACAAAACAUUCACAUUGAUUACCUAUACUACUUGCUUUUUUCUGUAAACGGCUUAUUUCAAUCAAUAGGUUGGCCAAUUACAGUUGCAAUAAUAGGAAACUGGUUUUCUUCAGGAGACAUUCUGUAUGGGAUAUGGGGUGGAAAUGGACCCCUCGGUUAUAUAAUUUGUUCUUUUAUUGUUAGUUAUUCAUUGGAUUAUGAUUAUAAAAAUGCAUCGUUGUUAAAUGGUUCUUUAUUAUUUUGCUGUGGCUUAAUUAACCUAUUUUGUUUAAUUACUCAUCCAAAUCAAGUUGGUCUUAAGGAAAGCAACUUAUUAAAUGAACGAGAUAUAGAAAAUGAAGUUUUUAUCAAAAAAGCUGUUGGCUUUGGGGAAGCAAUUAUGUUACCAGGAGUUCUAACUUAUGCACUUUCUCAAUCUUUUGUAACAAUUACUAACGACGUAUUUAUCUUUACAUUGUCAACUAAUUUAACUCUUGACCCUAAUUGGAAUGAUACAAGUUCCAACGGAUUGAUAUCUUACUACGACUACGGUUCAUUAGUUGGAGGCGUUAUUGAUGGAAUCCUAUCAAAAUUAAUAGGGAUGCGAUCACCAGUGAUUUUUACAAUGCAUUUGUUUUCCGUUGCUACAAUAUACUUAAACUUCAGACUUCAUCACGGUUAUACAAACCCUAUAAUCAUUUUUUUUAAUGGAUUUUUAGUUGGCGGAAUUAAUAUUAUAAUUAGUACUGCUAUUUCAGUUGAUCUCAGUAAGCAUGAUCAGAUAAAAAACAAAGCUCAAGCUUUGGCUACUAUUACAGGAAUUAUUGAUGGCACCGGACAUUUUGCAUCAGCAGUCGUUCAAUGUUUGACACUUAUAAUAAUUAAUAAACUUAAAGAAGAAGGAGUUUUUUAUCUUUUGAUGAUUGUUACUGGAUCAAGUUGCUUUUGGAGUUUCUUUAUUUUAUACAAAGAUAUUUUGAACAAGAAAAAAAAAAAUUAUGUUAAACUUUAAAUACUCAUUAUGAAAAUAAA